GUGGAAGUGUGUGUCCAGCAGCAUUUAUAAACAUGGCCCCUUCACACACCUAAGGACUUGGCUCGAAGCUUCAGCAUCUACUCAACUCCUCGUGGAUUUUAGCCACUUAAAAAACCCAAACAUAUUCUCUUUAGACCUUCCUCACCCGCUGCCACCAUUUCACCUCCACCUGCCAUGUACAGCUCCAGUUACUCCCGGGCCAAGUUCGGCCUGGAGUCCAGGGAGCCUCUGCAUCGACCCAGAGGGAAGAGCUGUGGAUACUACCUGAGGAUCAUCUUCUUCUUCUCAUCCCUGAUCCAGUCCCUCAUCAUCGUCAGCCUGGUGCUCUUCCUCAUCUACGGUCAGCCGGAGAAGUCGGCCGCGGAGAAGAGGGUCAAGGAGCUGGAGCUGAACUUCAACAGGCUGAGUGAGUACAACAUCCAGCUGAGGAAGGAGAAAGGGGAGCUGGGGGAUCAGCUGGGGGCUCGGACGGCCGAGAAGGCGGCUCUGGAGAAAGAGAUGGAGAACCUGAAGACGGCCGCCAACAACACAGAGCAUGAGUUACUGAAGAAACUGGCCGACUGUGAGAGGCAGGUUGCUGUGACUCGGACCAUGGUCGUCCGGUGUCCCACCCAGGCCAUGGCCCCGCCCCCCAUGGUCACCUCUGGAAGUGAAAUGAAGACCCUGCAGACCCUCAACGCUCAGCAGAGAGCCUUCAUAAACCUCAUCGAAGCCAACUUCACCCAGACGGUUCAUUAUCUGACUCAGGAGCGAGACAACGCCCUCAAAGACCGAGACACCCACCACCAGGACGCCAUCGCCCAGCGCCGCGACAACACCAUGUUGAAAGAGCAGCUGGUCACCUACACCAGGAAAUGCAAGGAAGACUUUGCACAUUCUUUGGAUGGAAUCAAGAUGGUGACGAGUGAGUUCCUGAACAAGAUCAACAACCUGUUUCCUCACCAGCUGACCUUCCACCUCACCUGCGACAGCCAGCAGGAGCAGAUGGAGAAGAUAAGGACCAGCUGCACCAACCUGUCCAGAGACGUGGAGAACAAGUUCCAGCUCUAUCUGGACACCGUGGGCAACAAGGUGUCGCAGAUCCAAGCCCAGUCCAGUCGUCUGGAGGUGCAGAACUCACACCUGACCGCCGACUUCCAGAAAUGUGAACAAAGUCGCAGUGAAGCCAUCAGCGACGCGAGCAAACAGCUGGAACUGAAACAAAAGAAACACGAUGACCAGGUGGAGAGAUUACUGAUGGAGCAGAACCGGCUCAGAGAACAGAAGAAACUCCAGGAGGACACUUUGGCCUUGAAGGAGACAGAGUUUAAGACGCUGCUGCUGUCGGCUCAGCAGAACUGUAAGCCUGCUGCUCCUAAACCCAUGGGUCCUCAGCUCGUUCCACCGUUCAAUCGGCAGACGGUGCCCAACUGGCCGGCUCCUGGCAUCGGUAAAACCCCGACGGGGAGAUGAAAUGGACCGAUUUCUCUUCACCUGAGUGGAUUUUUCAACAGACAUGUACAUAUUUCUGCACGUUGGUCAAACACAUUGUAUAUAUUCUGACUGAACAUUAAUGACGUAUUUUACGGAAGAGGAUUAGGGCCACUGGAAAAGAAAAAUAAUAAUAAUAAGGUCCAAUAUAUAUAUACAUUUUUUAAAUAAUUAUUCUGAGAAAAAAGUCAGAUUUCGGAGAUUAAAGUGAGAAUUUUGACUUUUUUUCAUAAUAAUAAUAAUUUAAAAACAUAUUGGACCUGUUUUUAUUUUAUUUUUUAUUUUUUCCAGUGGCUCUAAUCUUCUUCUGUACAUAUUUACUCCUGUUGUUCUGUUUUUUUUUUUUUUUGUUUUUUUUUUUUUGCUUUAAUGUGAGAUUCAGUGUACUUUAAUUCAAUUCAGACACUUGUUGUGAAAUAAAAAGCCUCUCAUCUGUUUGUUUUUUUCUCAGGUAAAUGUAAAAAUGUUCAUGAAUUUGUUGUAAAUAGUUUUUCUUGUAUGUUUCUCACGGUCAUUCAGGUUUUGACAAUGGAAAUAACUCAGAGCAUUAACUUAAUAAACCAUCGUCUGUCCGUU